UUGUCGCCAUUAUCGUCGUCGUCAUGUUUUCCCGCCUGAAAGUUGCCAAAAAAUAAGCCAGAAUGUCGCGUUUGUCCUAAAUGCUGAUUGUCGUGAGGACGUGUGCGUGUUGGGAAGUGUCAUGCUUUUUUCUGUUUUUUUUUUGAGUGAAAUGUCUGCCCUCAAAGCCAGCCGGGAUGUUUAAAGAAGGUGUCGGAAGAAAGACAGCAUUCUGUGUCUUGUGCAGGAAUAUGGCGCCCACUGCUUUAGAAAAUAGACCCAAAAACACACACUGGGCUGCCAUUUUUCUUUUUUCCUUUUGUCCGCUUUUUUUUUUUUUGGGGGGUGAAAAGAGGCAGAGUGAGAGCUGCGUGGGAGCAUCGCCUUGCAUUGCUUCACAUCUUAGACGCUCUUGUUCAUAAGCUCAUAUCUGCUGUGCAACAUGGAUGGUGGUGGUGGGGACUUAUUCUGCUCAAGUCAAGCAGGAUGGCUGAACCUCGAUUCAACAGUCCCUAUUUUUGGCCUCCGCCUCCUGCCAUGGCCGUCAGCCAGGAGCAGCUGAUGGCGGAGAAGAUGCGAGCGUCUCAUCCACCCGGCGCCGCCCUCCUUUCCCAGCAUUCCUUGCUGACCCCUGCGAGCCAGGAGGACGGCGGCCAGCACGAGAUGUCCAAAGCCCAACAGACGCCGGGUCUCAACCGGCCGUCUCAGGGGGACGUGGUCCUGCACGCCAGCCCCGCCCGGCCCGCCUCCAGCUCGCUCACAGGUCGCGUGCUUGGGGACGUAAAUUUGAACCUGGAGGACAAGGUGGCGAUCAAAGCCAGAGGUUUAUGGGAGGACUGGCGUCAGCUCAUGGACCAUCCUGGGAGGACGAGCCACCUGUCAGGUGUUUCACUGGCCUCCCGCACAGGAAACCUCAACAACUCCGACGUCAACGCCCCCAGCACGCCCUCCCCCAGCAGCCCCGCCCGGCUCGUGGGCGGAGCCUCCACGCCUCACCUCCUCUCCGGCUUUUCCAACCCCCACGGGAUGGAGCCGGCGAGAACCAACGGGGGGCUCCUGGGCCUACUCGGCGGGUCCAAGCCGAGAGACGGACGCAGGAGAAUCAAGGCGGAGAACGGCUCGUCGCUGCUGGUGGUCCCGUACCCCAUCAUGGCGUCCAGCAACGACCAGUCCUGCAUCACCAUCACUGCCAAAGAGAAGACAUAUAGGUGUAAAGUGUGCCCGCUGACCUUCUUCUCCAAGUCGGACAUGCAGAUCCACUCCAAAACGCACACGGAGGCCAAGGCGUACAAGUGUCCUCACUGCACCAAAACCUUCGCAAACGCCCCGUACCUGGCGCAGCACCUGCGCAUACACCUGGGCCUCAAGCCGUAUCGCUGCUCCUACUGCGAGAAGUGCUUUCGCCAGCUCUCGCACCUGCAACAGCACACCAGAAUCCACACGGGGGAUCGGCCGUACAAAUGCUUCCAGCCUGGAUGUGAAAAAGCCUUCACUCAGCUGUCCAAUCUGCAGUCUCACCAGAGGCACCACAACAAAGACAAACCCUUCAAGUGUUCCAACUGCUACCGGGCCUACUCGGACUCGGCCUCCCUGCAGAUCCACCUGUCGGCCCACGCCAUCAAGACGGCCAGGGCCUUCUGCUGCAACACGUGCGACAGAGCGUACACGUCGGAGACCUACCUCAUGAAGCACAUGUGUAAACGCUCAGCGGUCCACCACGGGGGGCCACGGCACCCCGCUGAGCGUAGGGUGGACCCCGCCCAACACCUCCGCACAGAUUCCUCGGACCUGAGCGCCGCCAUAUUGUCCAGACAUCACCUUUCUCUCGCCGUCUGAUCCCAUGGACUUUUUAAGGCACCGAGGGACACCCGAGUGUACUUGUAUGUUGAUAAUGAGAAUUUGGACUGUCCAAAUGUGUCUAAUGAGCACUUUCAGGUCUGAAAAUGACAGACUUAAAAAAAAAAAAAAAAUCCAAUGUAAUAAUUGUUUAAAGGGGAACAUUAACACCAGACCUAUGUAAGCGUCAAUAUAUACCUUGAUGGUGCAGAAAAAGGACCAUAUAUUUUUUGAACCGAUUUCCGAACUCUAAAUGGGUGAAUUUUGGCGAAUUAAACGCCUUUCUAUUAUCCGCUCUCGGGGCGAUGACGUCACUUCGGUAGUCAAUCCGCCAUUUUCUCAAACACAUUACAAACAUCGAGUCAAAUCAGCGCUGUUAUUUUCCGUUUUUUUGACUGCUUUCCGUACCUUAGAGACAUGCCUCGUCGGAGGGUGUAACAACACGAUCAGGGACGGAUUCAAGUUGACUUACGUGGAGUGUGCGUCGAUUAGCACGGCAUGCUAAUCGAUGCUGACAUGCUAUUUAGGCUAGCUGUAUGUACAUAUUGCAUCGUUAUGCCUCAUUUGUAGCUAUAUAUUCAUCCAGCCUUUCCCUCCACCCACAUUUAAUGCCAAACAAACACAUACCAAUCAACAGAUUCAAGUUGCACCAGUGUCAAAAGAUGCGAAAGUCCCUCGUUUGUUCUGCACAUUUUACCGACGAUAGCAAUGCUACGACAGAGAUUUGUGGAUAUCCUGCGACACUCAAAGCAGAUGCAUUUUCAACGAUAAAGUCAACGAAAUCACAAAGGUGAGUUUUGUUGAUGUUAUUGACUUAUGUGCUAAUCAGACAUAUUUGGUCGCAGCAUGACUGCCAGCUAAUCGAUGCUAACAUGCUAUUUAGGCUAGCUGUAUGUACAUUUGUAGCUAUAUUUUCAUCCAGCCUUUCACUUCACCCACAUUUAAUGCCAAACAAACACUUACCAAUCGACAGAUUUAAGUUGCUCCAGUGUCAAAAGAUCCGAAAGUCCCUCGUCUGCACAUUUUACCGGCGAUGCUUCGACAGAGAUGCCACAGAGAUGUAUUGAUAUCCUGCGCCACUCAAAGCAGAUGCAUUUCCAACGAUAAAGUCAACGAAAUCACAAAGGUGAGUUUUGUUGAUGUUAUUGACUUAUGUGCUAAUCAGACAUAUUUGGUCGCGGCAUGACUGCCAGCUAAUCAAUGCUAACAUGCUAUUUAGGCUAGCUGUAUGUACAUUUGUAGCUAUAUUUGCAUCCAGCCUUUCACUCCAACCACAUUAAAUGCCAAACAAACACUUACCAAUCGACGGAUUUAAGUUGCUCCUGCACAUUUUACUGGCGAUGCUAAGACAGACAUGGCACAGACAUAUAUAUGGAUACCCUGCGACACUCAAUCGUUGGUUAGAAGGCGAUCGCCGAAUAGCUUCAGUCUCUUCUUCAAUUUCGUUUUCGCUAUCUGCCUCCUUACUCCAACCAUCUGUUUCAAUACAUGCGUAAUCUGUUGAACAGCUUAAGCCGCUGAUCUCCGAGUCUGAAUCCGAGCUAAUGUCGCUAUAUCUUGCUGUGCUAUCCGCCAUAUUGGCAUCACUAAAUGACGCCACAGGAAAAUGGACAAUGGAUUUAAAGAUAGCGAAAAUCAGGCACUUUAAAGCCUAUUUUCGGGAUAUUCCAUGAUGGGUAAAAUUUUGAAAAAAACUUCGAAAAAUAAAAUACGCCACUGGGAACUGAUUUUUAUUGGUUUUAACCCUUCUGAAAUUGUGAUAAUGUUCCCCUUUAACUUCACAGCGAGUGUUAUGUGCAAGAUAUUUUUAAAAACAUUGUAAUGUACCAGAUGGUGUUUUUUUAUACGCUCCCUAACUUUUUUAUGCUGGUGCGACACCGUAGAAACACUUUAGAAAUAGUCUUCAUUCAUGACGUCUUUUUUUGUUGUGUGUAUUAUAUUGUUCAUGUUUUAUACCAUAACUGUUAAGGGAGGAGAUGAUUUGAUGUAUUUUCACGUGUAGAUGAUGCAUUCUAACUGCCUUGUGUGUCCUAACACGGUAAACAAAAAAAAAAAAACCUAAACAUAUUGUCCUUUUUUUUUUGUAAGAAUAAAAUUACUUCUGGAAUUA